AUGGCUGCUGCUUUCCCUAAUCUCAACUCUAAUGCUGGACUGAAAAAGCUAGACGAGCAUCUUCUCACUCGUUAUUACAUUACAAGUCACAAGGCUUCCAAAGAUGAUAUCACAGUCUAUGUGGCUCUUUCAAAACCUCCACCUUCAAAGUAUGUGAAUGCAUCACGUUGGUACAACCACAUUGAAACCCUCUUGAGUAUCUCAGGUAUCUCUUCUGAAGGGAGUGGUGUAACUAUUGAUGGAUUGGUCUUUAACAGGGAAGUGGGUAAUGGUAAUACUGAUGAUACUAAGGACGGUGUGGUGGUUAUUGAUGACAAUGAUAAUGUUCAAGAUGUUGAUCUUAUCGAGAAAGAGGCUGAAGAGAGACCAAGUUCUUUGAUAGCCUCCACUAAAAGAAAAUAUGUAAGUUUCGGUUUGAAGACUCUUCGUUUAUAUAUACUCACUACAUACAUGGGUUUGUUUCUUUGGAUAGCUUGGGAAUCAAUUGCAAUAGUUGUCAUGCCGAAGGAUGAUGAGACCGACAUGUAUAAGCUAGAGGAACAUUUAAGAUCUAUUCAAAUGGAAGGUCUGGUUUGGGGAGCAUCAAAGCUUGUCCCCGUUGGUUGUGGAAUCAAAUUGUUGGGGAUUGAGUACACCACCCUUGGACAAUUUGCGGAUCUUGGACGCAUCAAGUUCAGCACCAUUGUCAAAGAGCAAAUAACUGAAAAUCGGUAUGUCAAGAGCUGUCAAAUUCUCAGGUUAAACAGAAUAUGUAAGUAUCCAAAAUCCAUUCUUAAACUCCUUGAAGCUGCUUGGCCAGCUUGCCAGUCAGGUUUAGUACUUAGACAGCUGUUCGGUGACAAGCCUGACAUAGAGAAGUUAGAAAAAUCUGUAAGAUCUGUUCAGACAGAAGGAGUGGUCUGGUCAGAAUCAACGAUUAUCAAACUUGGCUAUGGAUUCAAAUAUUUGCGGAUCUUAUUCACAAUUGUGGACGACUUUGUGUGUUUCAAAACUGUUCUCCAAAAAACUGGCGGUAUUCAAUUGAAGAGAAUAUGUAAGUAUCUAAAAUCCAUUUUGUUAACUCCUCAGAAGCUGUAA